GGGAGGAGGCAGAGCAGCAACACAGCUCAGAGGUAUCAGCAACCAAACAGGCGCCUCAUGCAAGAUGAUAAGAGGGAGAGCCAUUUCUAUUCCAUCACAUUUCUUCUGGAUUAUUUUCUGAGAUUCGUCCUGCUCUUGCUGCCUUAUUUGUCAGUGAGGAGUACCUACGGAGGAGAAGAGCAGUGGGGAUGCUUUGCGUAAUGUGAGAAGCUCUCACUAUUCAUCUGCUGCUUUGCUCCUGAUGUGAACGGGACUCUGUUGUCUUCUGCACUGCAGCACAGGAAACUCAGCGUGCCUUAAACACAAACUGCAAGGAUCGCCGCGACGGGAGAAGGGGGUUGAAGCUGCAGGUGCAUGUGGAGGUGGGGGGCCGGGGAGCAGGAGCCACCAGGGGAGGGCAGGGGGCUGAGGUAGCUGACGAUGGGAGCCAACGAGUCCAUGGAGCAAGGACAGACCCCCUGUCCCCUUCAGGAACACAUGAGCUCAGAUUCUGAUGGUGCAUUUGAGACCCCUGAAUCCACGACUCCAGUGAAAGCUGUUUCUCCUGCAGAACCUCCAAACCAACUACUCACAUCCACUGACAUAGCCACAGAGACCUCUGUCAAUGACCUCACCUCUGACGUGACUUCAACGAGCCCUCCCUGCCGUUCCUCCUCUUUUGUUUUUGAUGAGAACAAGCCCAUUGCAGCCAGUGGCACAUACAACAUUGAGCUUUUUUCUGGAGAAUCCAGUCACUCAUUAACUCGUUCCCUCAGCCUCCAGGGAGGAGAACUAGACAACUGUGAUCUGCUAGAUGGAUGUACAACCGGCUUUCGUCCGCAUGCUGAGUCGUUUAGCAUAGGCACUGAUAGCACCCCAGGGACAAUCCACAGGCCCAAGAAAGUUUGUUCUGGAUCUUUGAAAAAGAAGCCAAUCAUCAAACAAAACUCCAAUCCUGAGAGUCCAAAACAGGCCUCAUCCAGCUUCACCCCAGAGAAUAAGAAGCACACAAAGCCACGAACUGCCAGCCCUCUUCAGCUGCAGGAAGAAGCAGAAGCACCCUCCAGCCCGGGAGGAACACUUCGAAAGACAAGGAAGAGCUGUGUGGAGACUCCUCCCCCUCUCCCUGAGGAGACCAAUCAUACCAGGCAAGAGGAGAGCCUUGCCAUCCCUGUCAUACCCUUGUGCCAGGAGGACUCCCCUCUACCUGGUAGUCCAACUAUCAAAGAAGAAUCUCCAAUCCCUCCCAGUGGCUCCUAUAAGUGGGAUCCAGACAAUUUUGAUAACAUCAAUCCAUUCCAGACAGGAGGUAGUAAAAUUGCCAACUCCCCUCUUCUGGAGCGUAAAACUGUCUUGUGUGCUCCUGUUGCAAGUCCGCCAGUGAGUCCCCCCUUUCCUACUGGGGAGCCACCUCAACACAGCAAGCCAGCCCUCCUUAAAGAGACGGUUACAAACCCUGAAGAGCAACCGAUCAUCACCAAACAUCAGUCACUAAGGCUGGAGUUUGAUUAUUCUGAGGAGAACAGUGGGGUCUCACAUCAGGCUUCUCCCCCACCCAAACUGGGCAAGAAGCCUGGUGCCAAUAAGAUGCCUCUGAGGAAACCAAAGCUGGGGCUGAAGAAGGUUCCAUCAGCUCCACCAGAACAUCUGGACAACAGCCCUCCAGCAACCCACAAUGGAAAUGAAGAUGAAAUACCUGCUCCUAAAGGAUCUUACCACUUUGAACCUGACAAGUGGGACGAUCCAAACUUUAACCCAUUUUCUUCAAAAAAAGGCAUCGCCAACUCCCCCAAACUAUCCAGACCUUCUUAUAGCUUUGAUCCCAAUAACUUUGAUGACUCUAUAGACCCUUUCAAAUCCCUCAACAAGAUGGACAACUCACCUCCCAAGGCAUCAGCCUCCUUUGACUUGCCAAUCAACGACUAUGAUGUUGAAAAUGACAAUGAUAACAUUGGAGAACUGGAGGACCAGAAUCAGAACAAACCUGCCAAGAAGAAAAAAACUCCCAUCAAAUCGAAGUCCAGGGGUGUGUCUUCUCUAUGUUGUCUGUUUAACACUUUCAGAGUGAAGAGGUCACCAAGGAAGUCUGCAAUGUCUGACCCAUCUCAAGACUCACCUGUAGAUGAACCUUCCUCGGUCCACCCACAGGAUGACCACGCUACAGACGAGGAGAAGCUGGCCUCCUCUACCGGUCACAAGUGGGCAGCUCUGCAUGACAUGGAUGCAGAUUUGACUUCUGACUCACAAGACGUCCCUCAGCCGUCUGACCUCACAACCUUCGUAAAUGAGAACAGUCUCGGACGUCAGCCUUCAGGGUCAGACUAUGAAAUUGAGUACAUGGAGAAGAUUGGCUCUUCUUCGCCUCCACUGUCUGUGAAGAAACCAUCUUUGUAUCUUAAGUUGGACUCGGUAUCUGACAACGUGAUGAAGAAUGCAUGCACCCAUGGAUCUGGUCCCAGUUCUCCCUGCACAGGGAGCUUUGAGGAGAUGGAGGCUCAGAUAACAGCAGGUAUGCAGACACCUGUGCUGAGCUGCAGACCUGGUCCUAAAGGCUCUGCUGGGGAUAAGGGCAGGAAGAGAGAAAGCGAGGCACUCAGCCGGACACAGAGCGCAGAGAGGGACGAGCAGCCCCCUGUCCAGCGCCCUGUGGAGGCCCCGCCUAUGCCUCUGUUAGACAGACUGUCAGAGUGUGCUGAUCCCCUACAGUACCUGGAGUCUGACCUGGCUGAGACCAACCCCACUGCAUUCGCCCAAAAACUACAGUCUCGUCUGAAGAAAUCCAGCACUCGACGUUGGAAUAUCAACGGUUCACCUUUAAUUAAACAUCGAGAAACACCGUCUCCAGUCGAGAGUUCCGUGUCCAAGAUCUCGCUUUAUGCCAGGACCAACACUAGUUACAUUGAAGCAGAGAGUCCGCAUCUCCCUAAAGAUCUGGACCACUCGCUGGGAAUAGCACGAGAAGAGAUUGUGACAAAGGAAAAAGAAGUACUGGAGUGGCAAAGAAAGUAUGAAGAUAGCCGACAAGAAGUGGUGGAGAUGAGGAGAAUUGUUGCUGAAUAUGAGAAGACGAUUGCUCAGAUGAUCGGCAUGCCAGAGGAUGAUCAGAAAGAGAAGUCUCUGUCCCACCACACCAUCCAACAGCUGAUCACAGAGAAGGAUCAGGCCUUGGCGGACCUCAACUCAGUCGAAAAGUCUCUGGCGGACCUCUUCAGACGCUACGAGAAGAUGAAGGAAGUGCUGGAGGGCUUCCGCAAGAAUGAAGAGGUUUUGAAGAAAUGCGCUCAGGAGUAUCUGUCCAGGGUUCGUAAGGAGGAACAGCGCUAUCAGGCUCUUAAGAUUCAUGCAGAAGAGAAACUAGACAAGGCCAACAUGGAGAUCGCCCAGGUGCGGGCCAAGGCCAAGCAGGAACAGGCAGCUUACCAAGCCAGUUUGAGGAAGGAGCAGAUGAAGGUGGACUCUUUGGAAUGCACUUUGGAACAAAAGAACAAAGAGAUUGAGGAGUUGACAAAGAUCUGUGAUGAGCUGAUCGCCAAGAUGGGGAAGAGUUAGCGAACACACUCCAUGGGCAAGAAGAGUAGCUGUGGAAAAAACGACCCGGAAAAGGGAGCGGAUCCGAAAAAAGUCACCAUUUCCCAGACUGAUGGACAUCUGAGGCCAAAGUUGUUGUCAAGUUACAUUUCCUACUGAUGUUUGUGUAUAUAGAACCAACAGGAACAGCUUCCUAUGAAUCACUCUGUGCUUUUUGUUUGUUUGUUUUUUGCCGUUUCUGUGUUGUACCGUGUCAGGGGUUUGGUAAAGUAUUAGAAAAUGAACCAUAUCAGUGAUGAGUGCGUGUGCGUGCGUGAGGUUCCCUAACCUUUUCCAUAUUGGACUGUGUGUUUGUGUGAGGACGUGAGAUCUUUGUUUGUGGGUUCUAUUAUCUAUGAUGACGUUGCCAUGACAGCCACUGAGGGAGAAGACUGUUUACCCACAACAUUGUUGUCUCUUCUUAAUAACAAGAGAAUGAAAAAGAAUAAGACAGACUUAGAUUAAUCUAUAAAAUGUCGAUAUAGUAAAUUAUCUCAGUAGCUUCCUGCAUGUGAGAAAAUCUACUGUUAAUGUUUGUAUAUAAUGUAGACAUUGAGUCAUUGGAAAGAUUAAUCUGCAUUUUUUGAUAGUCAUUGCCUCAUUUUCACAUGCCCUCUUCAUGUAACCUUGUAGAUACUUAUCACAGCUUUCUUGAUUAAAUUGUGGGACUUUAUUUUUAUUUUAUUUUAUUUUGAUAUCAAGCCAUUUGUGACUGUAUUUAGUUGUGAGCAGGAGUAAUUUAAUUUUGGAUGGAUAUAUGUUCCAGUCCUGCUGUGGUUAUUGUGUCACACUGAGGAAUAACUACUGUACAGCAAUCGCUUACAAAGUGCAAUAAAAGAUGGCAAUAUAGCA